CAAUAGCCAUACAAUGUUGCAUCAGACUCUUGGUAUUUGCAAUAGCCACACAAAGAAAAUGGAGUCUUCAGGAAAAGAUGUGAUCAGCUGAAUAUUGAACUCAAGAUGAGUCAAAGUUGUAGAAAAGAAACAUCUGCAGCUGAAAUUGUUUGGGCCAAACUGAAGGGGACGGACACGGUUGUGAAAUGGCCUGUGAAGGUUUUCAUGAGAACAGAAACCAAUGCACUGGUUUUUGUAAAUUCAGAUCAAGCAGAACAUCCUUACCAAGAAGAAACGAUUCAAAACAUUGAAAUGUUUUCAAGAAGAUUUAACCUGGGCAAUAGGACAAGAGAAAGGACAAGAGAUAGAUCAAAUGAUGGGACAGGAGAAAGGACAAGAGAUAGAUCAAAUGAUGGGACAUGAGAAAGCACAGGAGAUAGAUCAGAUGAUGGGACAGGAGAAAGGACAAGAGAUUGAUCAAAUGAUGGGACAGGAGAAAGGACAGGAUAUUAAUCAAAUGAUGGGACAGAAGAAAGGACAGGAGAUAGAUCAAAAGAUGGGACAGGAGAAAGCACAGGAGAUAUAUCAAAUGAUGGGACAGGAGAAAGGACAGGAGAUAGAUCAAAUGAUGGGACAGGAGAAAGGACAGGAGAUAGAUCAAAUGAUGGGACAUGAGAAAGGACAGGAGAUAGAUCAAAUGAUAGGACAUGAGAAAGGACAGGAGAUAGAUCAAAUGAUGGGACAUGAGAAAGGACAGGAGAUAGAUCAAAUGAUAGGACAUGAGAAAGGACAGGAGAUAGAUCAAAUGAUGGGCAGGAGAAAGGACAGGAGAUAGAUCAAAUGAUGGGACAGGAGAAAGGACAGGAGAUAGAUCAAAUGAUGGGACAGGAGAAAGGACAGGAGAUUGAUCAAAUGAUGGGACAGGAGAAAGGACAGGAGAUAGAUCAAAUGAUAGGACAGGAGAAAGGACAGGAGAUAGAUCAAAUGAUAGGACAGGAGAUAGAUCAAAUGAUGGGACAGGAGAAAGAUUGUUUUAAUUAAUCAAAGUAGUUGUAAGCAAACGCUAAAUUAUGUAUGUAUGAUAUAUAUAUAUAUAUAAUCAUUUUUAGGGUAAUUGAUACUAUCUUGCUUUUAAGAUGUCUUGCAAUUGGAGGGACAUGACUCAGGCCAAGCUGUAGUGGAGGCCAGCAGUGCUGCUGUUCCAGAUAUUGAUAUGGAAGCAUGUGA